UAUUACUGAGGUGUGCCAUUUUGACUGUUUUCUGUUCUUGUUAAAAUCACCAAUAUAUGUUAUAUAUUAGAUUAAGACUUAAUUGAGAAUAUUGAAUAGAACUCUAGUAAGUAACAAUGGAUGAAAUAGUGCAUAAGUUUGUGCAAGUCAACGGGGUGAAGCUUCACUUAGCGGAGCUUGGUAGCCAGUCAUCUCCGGUUGUAGUGUUCCUUCAUGGGUUUCCUGAAAUAUGGUAUACUUGGCGCUACCAAAUGAUUGCUGCUGCCAAUGCUGGUUACAGAGCUAUUGCUCCUGAUUUUCGAGGCUACGGACUCUCAGACCCACCUCCAGAGACAGACAAAUUUUGUAUGUCCGAUCUAGUAGAUGAUCUUCUUGCAACUAUUGAUUCCCUUGCCAUUGAUAAGGUUUUUAUUGUUGCAAAAGACUUUGGGGCCAGACCAGCUUGCAUCUUUGCACUUCGCUACCCCAUGAGAGUCAUUGGAGUUAUAUCAAUUGGUAUACCUCCUAUGCCCUUUGGACGCCUUGCAUUCCUAAAAGAGUCUCCAGAAGGUUUCUAUAUAAACAGAUGGAGGGUACCCGGAAGAGCUGAAGCUGAUUUUGGCCGUCUUGAUGCAAAAACUGUUGUACGAAACGUAUACAUCUUGUUUUCUGGAAGCGAAAAUCCUAUUGCUAGCGAAAGCCAAGAGAUAAUGGAUCUAGUUGAACCAGAUACACCUUUACCACCAUGGUUCACUGAGGAUGAUCUUUCUGUUUAUGGAGCUCUAUAUGAGAAAUCUGGUUUUCUUAAUCCACUUAAAGUUCCUUACAGGUCACUGGAAGAAGAAUGUGACUUAGCAGAUCCUGUAAUUAAGAAUCCAAUGUUGCUGAUCAUGGGAGAGAAGGACUAUUUCUUGAAGUUUCCAGGAAUAGAAGAUUUCAUAACUAGUGGAACGGUUAAACACUUUGCAUCGGAUUUGGAGAUAGAAUAUGUGCCAGAAGGUAGCCAUUUUGUUCAAGAACAGUUUCCGGAAAGGGUCAACCAGCUAAUUCUCGCAUUCUUCAGUAAGCAUUGUUGAUCGUGCAUGAUCUUGUGGGUUCAACUACUAUUGCUUCAUUAGGAUGAUGUAUGCUUCAUAAUAAGCUCAUCCUAAAAAAAACCUAUUAAGGUUGUUUUAUGUAUCAUGUUGUUGAGUAAACUUGUUUAUGCUAUUAAUGUGUUGUAUUGUGUGGUAAAA